AUGGCAACCUCGAUCAUUGCGCCGAAACGGCCAUUCCUCACCUUACCAUUCCUUCUCCCAUCUUGGACAGAUUCGCUUUCUUUAGGGACUCGGCGUUAUCAAUCGUCUUACCGCCGAACCAAGCAACGUCUUCGCGUCAAGCCAGAUGCUUCAUUUGGAUCUUCACAGCAAGUUGGCGAUCAUAUCAUCCACAAUCCGCCAUCCAGCGCCCCUUCGGUUUAUCACACCCCCAACAAGUUCCUCCCUUCCAAUGAUGCUCGGAAAGCAAUGCGGACCCAGGCUUCCGCAGGCUACAAGGCCAACGAGCUCCCCAAUAUCCACAAGGUCGAGGCAGAGAGGAAGUACCACCUGAACCCAUCCGACAUUGAAGAAAUCCGCAAGCUCCGGUUGGCAGACCCGAUGACGUGGAGUCGACACAAGCUGGCCAAACGCUUCGAGUGCUCACCACUGUUUAUUGCCAUGGUCUGCGAGGCCAGCGCUGAGAAGAAAGAAAUCCAGAAGCAAGUUUUGGAAGCUGUGCAAUCACGAUGGGGACCAAAGCGACGUAUGGCCCGUGAAGACCGACAGUUACGUCGGGCGGCAUGGGGCCGUGAUGAAUAA